AUGGUAUCCAUGAACUACUACUCCUUGGUGUUGGUGGUAGUUGCAUUGGUCUGGGCACUGGCUGCCGUGGCCGGCGACCCAGACAUCCUUGGUGACUUCAUCGUGCCGGCGCCGAUGGUUGGCAUGCCGCCGACGAACAUCACCAGUGACUUCUUCACCUACACCGACUUCCUUGCCGCAAAGGAGUACAUGCCGUGGCCUCCACAGUAUUUCAUUGUGAUCAAGGCCAAUAUGGAGGUGUUCCCUGCGCUCAACGGGCAGAGCGUGUCCUAUGCCAUGCUUGUGUUUCCCUCCAGAUACGUCAACCCACCACACACCCAUCAGCGCGCCGCUGAGUUGCUGUUUGUCCAAAGCGGUGCGCUCUCCGUCGGAUUUGUUGACACUGCCGGUAAGCUCUACACACAGGUCCUCGUGGCAGGUGACAUAUUUGUGUUCCCCAAGGGCCUCGUGCACUACCAGUACAACCAGGGCCCCAACCCUGCCACCGCGUUCUCGGCCUUUGGCAGUGCCGCCCCGGGCACCGUGAAUGUGCCUGCCUCCGUGUUCGGCACCGGCAUUGACGACGCCGUGCUUGCCAAGUCAUUCAAGACUGACUUUUGGACGGUGCAGAAGCUCAAGGCAGCGCUCACUCCACCACCCAAGAAGUGA